AAAAAAAAAACCGGAAUUUAAUUUAUGAACUGACCGACAGACAAACGGAAAGUUCGUAGGUUGUGCACAUGUGAACCCGGAACAACCACAAAACUGAAAUCCACAGCCAGCCGUGAGCUGCACGCGCCACCUUCAGCCAAAACGCGUAAGUUUCACACGCUUUCCCCCUUUGUCAACGCUCCACCAAACACCCCUUUAUUCUGCCAGCUUCAUAUAUACUAUUCCCUAAUCAUAUAUAACGCACUUAUAUACAUAGUAUCACAAAAACUGAGUUCACAAAAAGCCUCAAUUCUGAAUUAAUAUACUAUUUUAGGUAUAAAGGGUGAUUACUUGAAUAAUUAGGGUUUAAUUCUAGUUCAAAGAUUGAAUCUUUUUAGCCUGAUUGAGGAAUUAUCGCUGUUAAUGGACUUGAAAACCCGGCUUCCGCUGUUGAGGCAAUCGUCGUUGGCCCCGGAAACUAGGAAUGAUUCUGUGGUGACAGGGGAGGAUGGAAGUGACGAGGAGGAUGGGACUAUCAUAUCAGGAGUGCAGUUGAUGUAUUUGGCCAAUGAGGGUGAUUUGGAUGGGAUUACGGAGUUGUUGGAUUCCGGUACUGAUGUUAAUUUUAAGGAUAUUGAUGAUCGGACUCCGUUACAUGUGGCUGCUUGUCAAGGGAAGAGUGAUGUGGUGGAGUUGUUGCUUAAAAGAGGGGCUCAAGUUGAUCCUAAAGAUCGAUGGGGUAGCACGCCUCUUGCUGAUGCAAUACACUAUCAAAAUCACGAUGUUAUUAAACUUUUGGAGAAACACGGUGCCAAGCUUCAUGUGGCCCCAAUGCAUGUCAAAACUGCUCGAGAAGUCCCAGAAUAUGAAAUUGAUCCCAAAGAACUUGAUUUUACAAACAGUAUCGAAUUAACGAAGGGUACUUUUCGCAUUGCCUCUUGGCGUGGAACACAAGUUGCCGUGAAGACUUUUAGGGAAGAAGUUAUUACUGGUGAUGAUAAAGUGAAAGCUUUCAGUGAUGAGCUUGCGUUGCUUCAGAAGAUACGGCAUCCUAAUGUGGUUCAAUUUCUUGGUGCUGUAACUCAGAGUAGUCCAAUGAUGAUUGUGACAGAAUAUUUACCAAAGGGUGAUCUUUGUGCUUAUAUGAAAAGAAAAGGACCUCAAAAACCGAGGAGAGCUAUCAGAUUUGCAAUGGACAUCGCAAGGGGCCUGAACUAUUUGCAUGAGAAUAAACCAGAGGCAAUAAUUCAUAGUGAUCUUGAGCCAGCAAACAUAUUGCGGGACGACUCAGGUCAUCUGAAAGUUGCAGACUUUGGAGUUAGCAAGCUGCUAAAAGUUACCAGCAGAGUUAAGGAGGAUAGACCUGUAACAUGGCAGAACACAUCUUGUCGAUAUGUGGCUCCAGAGGUUUUCAGAAAUGAAGAAUAUGAUACGAAGGUUGACGUUUUUUCAUUUGCAUUAAUUUUACAAGAGAUGAUUGAGGGCUGCCCUCCUUUUUCCGGAAAGCCAGAAACUGAAGUUCCUAAAGCAUAUGCUGCUAAGGAUCGCCCUCCAUUUAGAGCUCCUGCAAAGUACUAUGCCCAUGGACUGAGAGAGUUAAUUGAAGAGUGCUGGAAUGAGAAGCCAGACAACAGACCAACAUUCAAGCAAAUAAUUGUACGGCUGGAGUCUAUCGACAUCACACUUCGUCACAAAAAACGCUGGAAGGUGAGACCAUUGAGAUUCUUCCAAAAUUUGGAGGCUAUAUGGAAAAAAGAUUAUUCGAGUUCCAGUAGCCGCGGUGGCUCAUCUCGUGCAACCAGCAUAUAAGCACUGGUGGUUUUACAUCUCUGUCCUCGUCGACUUGCAUUUGCGGAAUUAUAUCAUAUCUAAUUGAAUUAAGUAGAAAAAGUGACAUUAUUCUUGGAGUUGUGAAAGGCUGGUUCCAUUGGUUACCUAUAUUAGAUUCAUCUCCUCCCUGUAUGACUUAGUGGGUUGACAAAGAUUGCUAUUGCCACGUCUUUCUCUACAGAAAUCCGCAAUUUUUUUCAUAGUCAUUUGACUAGUACAAAAAGGAUAAGGAAAAGUGUAUCAUAGUAUAUUGUAUUUAUGUGUGACCUUUUUGAUUAUUUUUCUCUCAAGCCAUCCUCAUCUGAGACAUACUUGUAACUUGCUGACAGUUUGUACAUGAAAUGCAAAACAGGUUUUGCGUGGUUUAUAGCUA